CUCAGGGGAUGCUGGCACCGAGCCGCCAUGGCCUGUAAACAACAACAGCAGCGGCAGCGUCAAGUUGAAGGAAACUGGAUGUGAGUGUCGGCCUCUCGUCCCGGUUCUCCCCCGAACACGACCAGCGCCGUCGAGUGGUUCCCAACAAUGCGUCGGAGGAGUGUCUGACUGAUAUCCUUCAGACGGGACAACCUCCUCUCCACUGGGUUGCUCACUAGCCAUGUCCUCACAGCAGCCCAACAGCUCAGCCUCAAACAGCCCCACCAACAUCCUGGGUUCUCCUUUCUCAGUCAUUAGUCCCUCACUUAACUCCCCCGUGGUCUCCCCCUCUCUGGGAUUUGGACCCAUCAGCAACAGUCAGAUCUCUUCCUCGGCGUCCAUAUCAGGGAUGCACUCGAUCAGCAGCUCAGAGGAUAUCAAGCCUCCAUUUGGCUUGAGGCCUAUGCCAGCCCACAGCCCUGGAAUAAUGUUGUCUCAGAAACGCCUGUGCGUCAUCUGUGGAGACCGCUCUUCUGGCAAGCACUAUGGCGUGUACAGCUGUGAGGGUUGCAAAGGUUUCUUCAAACGAACUGUGCGUAAAGACCUGAGCUACACCUGCAGGGAUAACAAAGAGUGCCUGGUCGACAAACGCCAGCGCAAUCGCUGCCAGUACUGCCGCUACCAGAAGUGCCUGGCCAUGGGCAUGAAGAGGGAAGUGGUCAAACAUGUAAAAUGGAUAAAAGAAGAUGGAAAAGAUGAGGGAUGGAUGACGGUCCAGGAGGAGCGCCAGAGGAAUCGAGAGCGCGAAGGAGAGCUGGAGUUCAGCGUUGGAGUGAAUGAGGAGAUGCCCGUGGAGAAGAUCUUGGAGGCAGAGACGGCAGUGGAGCAGAAGACCGAGCUUCACUCGGAUGGAGGCUCUGCAGGCAACUCUCCCCAUGAUGCAGUCACCAACAUCUGUCAGACUGCCGACAAACAGCUGUUUGCCUUGGUGGAGUGGGCAAAGAGAAUCCCUCAUUUCUCCGAACUGCCCCUUGAUGACCAGGUCAUCCUUUUGCGUGCAGGGUGGAAUGAGCUCCUUAUCGCCUCGUUCUCCCAUCGCUCCAUCGCUAUGAAAGAUGGCGUCCUCCUUGCCUCUGAGCUGCAGCGAGACAGUGCACAUAGUGCAGGAGUUGGAGCUAUUUUCGACAGGGAGAGUGUGCAGAGUGCAGAGGUCGGCGCCAUAUUUGACAGGGUUCUUACUGAGCUUGUCAACAAAAUGAGAGAUAUGCAAAUGGACAAAACAGAGCUGGGCUGCCUCCGAGCCAUCGUCCUCUUCAAUCCGGAUGCUAAAGGGCUUUCCAACACCAGUGAGGUGGAGCUCUUGAGAGAAAAGGUCUAUGCAUCAUUGGAAUCCUAUUGCAAACAGAAAUACCCCGAGCAGCAGGGAAGGUUUGCCAAGCUCCUUCUUCGACUGCCAGCACUACGAUCCAUUGGCUUGAAGUGCUUGGAGCAUCUCUUCUUCUUCAAGCUGAUCGGUGACACACCUAUUGACACUUUCCUCAUGGAAAUGCUUGAAGCUCCCCAUCAGUUGUCUUAGUUAGGAAAUGCGUACUGUGGUUAGGUUGAGAUAGCUGAAGUCUAGUAAGCUGGAGUGGGACUGGAGUGGCACUUUAAGUUCAUUGAAGAUUUGUCAAUUUGUCUCACUUCUCUCUGGGUUACACUUUUCUUAGUGCAGCACAGAUUUGCUCUUUAGACCAAACCCAAGGCAUGGCAUGAUCACCAUGCUGGUGCUGUAUGUUGAAAUAACUUCAUGAGUAACUAUGGUUUAAAAAAAGUAUUUUUAAAAAACAAUGUAAACAUUUACAUAUUUCCCUCACAGGAAUAACUAUAAUUUGGGUACACAUUUUUAUAUAAACUUUUUAGACACCUUAAACAUUAAGCUUCAGUUGUUUCUCAAGAUGAACUGAUACCUAAACUCUGUUUUUAAAAAAAAGGAAGGUAACCUGAAUUGUGAGUAUGCAUCAAGGAUGUGGUCGUCUUUAUAUAAUUUCCAACCAGAUCUAAAACAGAUCUGAGUUCUCUUGAAUCCAUCGCAGAAUAUAAAAUUCCAACAGUGACCCUGGGAUAGACGACAAGUCAGUGAUUCAGACUGUCAGGUCGGACUCGUACAUGUUGAUUGAGGAUCAGCUCUGUGUCUAGUAAUAUACAGGUAGUGUUGUUUACUUCUUUGCCAUUUUAUAAAUCUAAUCACUUUGUGGUUGACGAUUAGACUGCACUGCACACUUGCUAUGUACUAUUUCUAAAACAUACUUUUAAUAAACCCCUGGCCUAUUAAAAUGGUCAGGCGUUUGUCUUUUGGUGCUAUUUCAGAGAUAAUUUGACGUUGGUGCAGAUGCACAUCGAACCACAAACCUAAGAAAAAUAUGCAAAACUGAAAAUCCUUCUUUUUUUUUGUUAAUCUUUGUUGAAAAUGUAGCAAUAUAAAAUGUAAAAAGAGCUUUCUGCCUGUCAUUCAGGGGUUUUACAAAGUAAAUCAUGUCUGGUGGAAAGGGAAUACUCCAUUUUGUAAUUUAUCUAUACAAUUCUAAGGUACUGUGCAAAAGUAAUUGUUCAGGGAAAAUGUACAUUGAUAAAUUUGAAUUAUGAUCAGGAGAUACAAAUUAUAUAAUUCUUAUUAUGUUCCCUUGUUUUUAGUUUUCAGCUAGUAUAAAGCAGAACGUGUCUUGGGUUGCACUGGAUUUGCUGAGACUGUUUCAGCUAAAUUUCCCCCCCCUUUUUGGACGCUAAGUUGUAUUUCCUACACCCCCGCCCUCCCCUUUUUUAAAGGUAGCUGUCUUGUUCGUUGUAAUGUCUCUGCAAUUUAUUAAAAGCAAACCAUAAUCACAUUUAGAUCCAUAACACCUGUGGAAAUAGGAAGUUUAAACAAGACCAAAAUUAGGUCUGUGUGCUGGCCAUGUGCAAACACCCGAUGAGCUGGAUUGGUAAGCUUGUCAUUGACCUCUGUAUGAUCUUGAUCAUAAAGUGACUUGAAGCAUGGGUUGUGUGGACUAAAAAUAAAGAGGCUUAAGUUUU